AUGGCUAGGAGAGUAAUCAACGGAUUCAUCGAUGCUGUCGUGGAGGGACCUGUGGAAGGAAGCAUCGAUAAAUAUCCAUUGCAGAGGGAUUUUCAAGCGUCCACGCGGAUUUGGCUCAUUGACUUGGCAAAAGAGUUGGCUGAGAACUACCCAUCAGCCCAACUUCAAGGAUUUGAUAUCUCCACUGCACAAUUUCCUCCAAAAGGAUGGUUGCCCAAGAAUGUCAUCUUGGAUACAUUGGACAUAUUGAAACCUAUACCCGAUUCUCUACGUGAACAAUUCGAUGUGGUGCACACAGGAUAUUUGUGCCUAGUUGUUGAGAACGGCGAUCCAUUCCCAAUAUUGGACAACCUCUUAGCAUUAUUGAGUAUUCAUGCAUCCCAGCUAGACAAAGCAUUUCAAAAACGGAAUUUAGUCGUGCUGGCCAACCAAUACGUGCCGAUCGACGACGAAAUCGCGCACCCCUGGACAAUGACACAUCUUAUGGCCUCGGUAGAAAUGGGUAGUAUCAUCGAACGGGAAAGGGGUAAUGCUGAAGAAUGGUGGAAUAUGCAUCGGCGUGCAAUUGCCGAGAUGUAUCACGGCGCAAGUCUAAGAAUGAGCAUGGUUAGUGUUGCGGGAAGGAAGCCGGAGGCAUAA